GUUCUGCGGGGAGUGCCUCCAGCCAUGUCUGCAGGUGCCAUCCCCUCUGUGCCCGCUCUGCCGUCUGCCCUUCGACCCCAAGAAAGUGGACAAGGCCACUCAUGUAGAGAAGCAGCUCUCAUCUUACAAGGCACCCUGCCGGGGUUGCAACAAGAAGGUGACUCUGGCAAAGAUGAGAGUGCACAUUUCCUCCUGCCUGAAGGUCCAGGAGCAGAUGGCCAACUGCCCUAAGUUUGUCCCUGUGUUGCCCACAUCCCAGCCCAUCCCCAGCAAUAUUCCCAAUCGGUCCACCUUUGCUUGCCCCUACUGCGGAGCCCGCAAUCUGGAUCAGCAGGAGCUGGUGAAGCAUUGUGUGGAGAGUCACCGCAGUGACCCCAACCGUGUGGUGUGCCCCAUCUGCUCAGCAAUGCCCUGGGGGGACCCCAGCUACAAAAGCGCCAACUUCUUGCAGCACCUGCUGCACCGGCACAAAUUCUCCUAUGAUACCUUCGUGGACUAUAGCAUCGAUGAGGAAGCCGCCUUCCAGGCUGCUCUGGCUCUGUCCCUCUCUGAGAACUGAGGCACAGCUUGGCCACCUGCCUCAAGUCUGGGGCCGAAGACACAAUCCCGCCUCAAGGGAUAGGGCGGUUGCCCUCCUGCCCUGACACCUGCACAGGAACACGCCUCACUGGGCUAAGUGGAAUUUCACACAAGGAGAGCUGGUCUCAGAGCUCCCAGGGCUGGGAUACUGGCUAGCUGGCCCCUUGCCAUCAAGCAGGGCCACUGGGUCCUGGCCGGCAGCACUGGGUCAUCGGUGCUUCAAGAGGCAGGUGCUGGCCGUUGGGUUAGAGCAGUUGGCUGCCUUUCCCAGCCAUGAUGUCCUCGUGUGGGGAAGGAUGAGGUGCCCUAAGCUGUGCCCCAGCAGGACUAGGGGAGGAGGCGCCUAGCCAGGCUGCCAGCCCACCCAGUCCCCAGCUUCGCUUCCACCGUAAGCAUUUGGUACUGGCUUUUGUGAUAUUUAGGAAUCCUGCAUUUUUCUAUCUUAUCCUGUGUGAUAAUCUUUUCACGUUUUAUAGAGCAAAGACAAAGCAGUUCCUCUUCAUACCGCAAUACCUGUGUUUGACUAGGAAGAACAGUAUUUUUAUGGAGCAUUUACAAAGUUAUAUUUUUUAAAAAAAAAUAGUCAAAAAUAAACACUUGUGUGGGAUCAGUGCAAAGUGGGAAGGAGGGUGGGUGUAGCCAGGGCUUCAUCUAUGUGUGAGAAAGAGGUGGUGCCCCCAAGCCACUUGUUCUUUGAGGAGGAGGCUCUUGUUUGCUGUUUCUUUAUGAUGAUGACCCAGAGGACAUCCUAGCACCCUGGCCACUUGCUGCUCCCAGCAGAUGUAGGACAAUCCAGGCAGAAGGGGACUCUUCUCCUGCCCCAGGAACUGUCCAUGGCUCCCUGUCACCUUCCAGAGCCAACCACAUCCCUCCUCAGGCAGGGACUGCACUUAACCAGUGGUAGAGCCCUCAGAGGCCAGAGAGGCCUUCAAGCAGGCCAGGCCAGAAAACAUUUGUUGGCAUUUUGUUCUGUUCAUGGCAUAAAUUGCUGUCUUUUCAAAAGAGUUUAAAUAAAUUGUUUCCAAGCAUCCACAACA